AUGAAUUUUGAAAGCGCCGACGGGCGACGCGUGACAACCGCCACGGGGCAAACCACGCGAAUUCGGGGAGAGAUCGAGAUCCCGUUUACGAUACGCCAUCGAACGAAACCCUUGCGAGUGUGCGCGUUGCCGACUCUCGCGUUACCGUGUAUAAUCGGGAUCGAUGCUCUCUCGCUUUUUGGGAUCGGAGUAGAUUUCGCGACACACCGAUGGUGGUUUAAAGACGCUCCGAAUAUCGAGUACGCGUUCGACGAGAGAUGCGGCGACCAGGCGCCCCGCGCCAACGCCGCCGAGGGAGCGGCGGCCGAACCGGUGGCGGCGCCCGCGGAAGCGGGGCCGGCCCUGAGGGCCGUGGAGUGUCCGUCGCAAGCCGCGCUCUCCGAUACCGUCGCGAUACCGAAACGCGCGCGGACCAGGCGCCCGCGCAAUAAUCCACCGCUUUGUUGUGGCCUGGUAGAAAUGUCGGCCACGGAAGAACAGCGGUUAACAGAGUUUCUCGCGUCGGAAAUUGGGGGUGAUUCGGGCAAGCCCGGCAUCACGUCGCUAACCGAACAUAAAAUCGACGUCGGGGGGCACGCGCCGAUCAAACAGCGCUACUACCCGGUGUCGCCGAAAAUUCAAGAAGCGAUCUACGCGGAGGUAGAUAAGAUGUUAGAAGACGAUGUUAUUGAGCCCUCGAAAAGCGAAUGGUCCACGCCAAUAGUUAUGAUCAAAAAGUCGAAUGGCACGUAUCGGUUUUGCCUCGACUUCCGUAGGCUGAAUAGCGUAUCGAAAAAAGACGCGUACCCGCUACCGUACAUGAACGCGAUUUAG